UUCAUGAUAGUGUUGCUGUUCUUAAAUUUAGUUAUAUUAUGAAUUGAACUUACUUCGAGGUUUCAUUUCCACUUUCAUGAUAAUUAAAGUGCUAGAAUAUGAAUGAAGGGGAAGGAGAAGGAGAGGGGGAUGAUACUAUUGGAGAAUAUGAAGGGGAAAGAAACACAGAAAAGCAGAGACAUGGUAAAGGAAGAGCUCUGCUACCUAAUUCAGAUUACUACAGUGGAAUGUACAAAGAAGGUUUGAGACACGGUAAAGGCCAGUAUGUCUUCAAAGGAGGUGCUCAAUAUAUUGGCGAAUACAAAAAUGGCAUGAAAGAUGGAGUUGGGAGAUUUCACUACCCCGAUGGUUCCAGAUACAAAGGUAAAUGGGAAUGGAAGGAGGAUAAGCGCCAUGGCAAAGGGAAGUAUACUUACUCACAAGGAGAUACUUACGAAGGGGAUUGGGAAAAGGAUGAGAGACAUGGUUUGGGCACAUAUACUUACAAGGCUUCAGGAGUUAUCAUGUUUGGUAUUUGGGAAAAAGGAAAGAUGGAAGGAAAAGGAAAAAUAACUUACCCAACAUUUACAUUUCAUGGCGUCUUUUUGAACAACAUGCCCAUAGGAAAAGGACGUUUUGUUUUCAACGAAUACUGUAUCCAAGAAGGUUAUUACAUUCAUUUGAAAGAUGAAUCAGCCAGAUCGGAAGAAGAAGCUGUGGGUGAAGAGGAAGAGAAGAUGUCACCCAGGGAGGGGUACCCAAAGGGAAUUACUCCAGUUUGGAGACCAAGGAAGAUUCUACCUUACUCUCUUGAUCUCAUUCCUCCCGAUCCUAAACUGCCUCCCAAGCCACCACCAACACCUCCUCCUUCUCUUAGGUUAUCUGAGGGUGAAGAUAAGAAGAGUGAUGACCAGAAAAAAGACUCAACAAAAUCUAUCGGAAGCAAGGAAAGUAAAGUAGAAGACAGCAAUGAAGAGAAACCAGAGGAUGUUGAAGGAAAUGAGAUAGAGAAUAAGGAAGGACUUGAUCCAAUUUUAGAAGAGUCUAGUCCUGAAGAAACACUGUCUCCAACUGAAGAUGAAAAAAAACAAGUCCUGAGUUAA